CGGCGUCGUGGGGGCGCGGCGCGGCCGUCCGUCCCGCGGCCGGGUCAUGGUCAUCGGCCGCCGGAGCCUCGCUGCCCUGGGAGUCGCCUGCGCCCGCCGCGGCCUGGGGCCAGCCGUGCUGCGGUUCCUGCUGCUGCACUCAGGUCCCAGGAAGAGUCUGACAGUGAAGCAGGGGGCCAUGAAGGUUGAGCUCCUGCCGGCUCUGACAGACAACUACAUGUACCUGGUCAUUGAUGAGGGUACCAAGGAGGCCGCCAUCGUGGACCCGGUGCAGCCCCAGAAGGUACUGGACACCGUGAAGAAGCAUGGCGUGAAGCUGACCACCGUGCUCACCACCCACCACCACUGGGACCACGCCGGAGGCAAUGAGAAGCUGGUCCAGCUGCAGCCCGGGCUCAAGGUGUACGGCGGUGAUGAUCGCAUCGGGGCCCUGACUCACAAGGUCACACACCUGUCCACAUUACAGGUGGGGUCUCUGAACAUCAAAUGUCUGUUCACCCCGUGUCACACCUCGGGACAUGUCUGUUACCUGGUGAGCAAGCCUGGGGGUGCGGAGCCCCCCGCCGUGUUCACAGGUGACACCCUGUUUGUGGCUGGCUGCGGCAAGUUCUAUGAAGGUACUGCCGACGAGAUGUACCGAGCUCUGCUCGAGGUCCUGGGCCGGCUCCCUCCUGACACGAGAGUCUACUGUGGCCACGAGUACACCGUCAGCAACCUCAAGUUCGCGCGCCACGUGGAGCCUAACAAUGCCGCCAUUCAGCAGAAGCUGGCCUGGGCCAAGGAGCGUUCCGGCAGCGGGGAGCCCACGGUGCCGUCCACGAUCGCAGAGGAGUUCACCUACAACCCCUUCAUGAGAGUCAGGGAGAAGUCGGUGCAGCAGCACGCGGGCGAGACGGACCCGGUGACCACCAUGCGCGCCAUCCGCCGGGAGAAGGACCAGUUCAAGGCACCCCGGGACUGAGGGCGUCCGCCCCGAUCC